UCUUUUUCUUUUGACUAACUCAUCCCACUUGUAAAUAAUAGUAAGAUUUAAAAACUCUAUUAACCCAAAAAUAGACUAAAAAGCAUUCUUCCCGUUUCACAUUUCAAGAUUCUUUGGGACUAGUUAACGAAGAACGAGGUCUAAUUUAAUACAAACCUGAAAAUGGUUGACUAAGAUUUAAAAAAAGGUGAAAUGUUCUAAAAGUUAUGUUUUUUUAAGGCAAUAUGCCUUAAUCAUUACCAAAUGCCCCAUGAAAUGAGUUGAGUUGUUGCAAACUUGCAGCAGUGUAGGCUGGAGAAGCAUUCUCAUUCAUGGCCUCAACAUUGAAAAUCCUUGUAUUGCUACUCCUAUUUUCUGCUACAACGUUUUCACAUACAGUGAUUGACACUUUACCUGGUUUCCCAGGAAAACUUCCAUUCAAACUCCAAACUGGGUACAUAGGUGUGGGACAAUUUCAAGAAGUUCAACUCUUCUACUAUUUCAUUGAGUCUGAGAAGAGCCCAGAAAGUGACCCACUUUUGCUAUGGCUCACUGGUGGUCCAGGUUGCUCUGCUCUCUCUGGCAUCCUCUAUGAGAUUGGCCCUUUCAACAUCAAUUAUGCUAAUUCCACUGGGGAAAUCCCAACUUUGGAGUUGAACCAGUAUGCUUGGGCCAAGGUGGCCAACAUUAUAUAUUUGGAUCAACCUGCUGGAACUGGAUUCUCCUAUGCUAAAACACCCGAAGCUUACAUGUCUAACGAUACUCUAUCUGCACAGCUUGCUUAUGAUUUCCUCAUACAGUGGCUCCUGGACCACCCAAAAUUCCUUGGCAAUCCGCUGUACAUUGCAGGAGAAUCCUAUACUGGAAUUAUUGUUCCACAGAUUGUUCGUAAAAUAUAUGAUGGUUUAGAAUCUGGAAUUGAGCCGCGUCUAAAUAUGAAAGGCUAUGUGGAAGGCAAUCCAAUUACUGACAAAUAUGCAGACCCCAAUAGUGUUUUUGAAUAUGCUUAUCGAAUGGGGCUUUUAUCAGAUAAUCUAUACAAGUCCACAAAAAAAAGUUGCAAAGGAGAUUACAUGGAUAAACAUCCAGAAAAUGCGAUAUGUCAGUAUGAUCUUCAAAGAGUAUCAGAGUGUACUGAAAGGAUUAAUCCGUGGCAAAUUUUAGAACCGAUAUGUAGCGAGGAAAACGGUGAAAAUCCUACUGGUAUCCUUUUACCACAACACUGGUGCAGAGAUGAUAAUUAUUUGUAUUCCGAAGUUUGGGCACAGAACAAAUUUGUCCAGAAAGCACUUCGUGUGCGCGAGGACACAGUAAGAGAGUGGGUGAGAUGCAAUGAAAGCUUGAUGUAUGAUUUUGGUAUGGAGAGGACUGAAGUAUAUGUUUAUAAUGUCCAAAGCACGGUUGAUUAUCAUCGGAGUUUCACUAACAAAUCUUGUCGAGUUCUAAUCUAUAGUGGGGAUCACGACAUGGUUGUUCCUCAUGUGAGCACAGAAGAAUGGAUAGAGUCCUUAAAAGUCGAGGUUGAAGACGAGUGGAGACCUUGGUUUGUUGAAGAUCAAGUUGCGGGAUACACAAUGAAGUAUUCAAAGAAUGAGUAUGAGUUGACAUAUGCAACUGUAAAGGGAGCAGGCCACACAGCACCAGAAUAUAAACCACAACAAUGCUUGUCAAUGCUUCAGAGAUGGCUUAGCAAUUACCCUCUUUGAUUUAUUCAAUGAAUAAAAUUGCAAUGACCUUUGAGAUUUGAAAGAGUUUCAAAUGCUCUGAUCUUCCCUUCCACAACUCAAAUGCUUCCCACAGUCAAGAAAAUAUUAUGCUUCGAUACCAAUUAUGAUAGAGUGCAUAACUUCAUACUUUGCUGCCCAUUAAUCAGCAAAUCACUUCCUCAGCUAAUGUGGGUGACGAGGGAAACCCGUAGCCACUACCCUGUGAAGGCAUGUCCUGAGUGAACUCCGCUCCUAAAUAUCUUGACCAAGAGAGUGUUGACAAAAAUAGAAUCCUUGAUCUUCUGAUAUACGAUGACCCCUUUUUGCUAAUUGCUGCUAUUGAAA